UUUCAUCAUCUUCUUCUUCAGAGACUGCUCCGGCGAUGUGGACAGUGCGGUGCCCCUACUGCCCCGGCGGCCACGGCCGCUGCGCCACUGCCGCCUCCGGCCGGAGCAUCACCGAGUGCUGCUCCUGCGGCCGCGUCGUCGAGGAACGCCAGUCGUACUCCCACCCUCUCUUCCACCUUCGCGCCACCGACUCCCCUCUCCCUCUCGUCCUCCCCGACCUUCCCCCUCUCCAUGAAUCCAUCCAUGGCGGCGAUGGUGAUGCCGACGAUGACCCUUUCCACCCGACUGGAUUCAUCACCGCUUUCUCCGCUUUCUCCCUUGAGCCCCACCCGGUGAAUGCCCGCUCCGCCUCCUCCUUCUCCGGCGCUCUCGCCGAGCUCGAACGAGCUCUUGCUGCUGAACCCACUGAUCCCUCUCCUGAUCCCCUUGUUUCUCUUGAUCACCUCCGCGCGUACCUCCAGAUCGUCGACGUUUCGUCCAUUCUCGCCCUUGAUCGCGAUAUUGCUGACCACGCCUUCCAGCUCUUCCGCGAUUGCUCAUCCGCUACUUGUUUGAGGAAUCGCAGCGUCGAGGCUCUCGCCACCGCUGCCCUCGUCCAGGCCAUUCGUGAGGCGCAGGAGCCCCGCACCUUGCAGGAAAUUUCUGCUGCAAGCAACCUCCCACAGAAGGAAAUUGGGAAGUAUAUUAAAAUCUUGGGUGAAGCUUUAAAACUCAGCCAGCCAAUCAACAGCAAUUCUAUAGCAGUUCACAUGCCACGGUUUUGCACUCUUCUUCAGCUUAACAAAUCCGCUCAGGAACUUGCAGCGCAUAUUGGAGAAGUUGUCGUCAAUAAAUGUUUCUGCACUCGUAGGAACCCAAUCAGCAUAUCUGCUGCUGCUAUAUACCUAGCAUGCCAACUAGAAGAUAAGCGCAAAACACAAGCUGAGAUUUGUAAGGUUACCGGUCUCACGGAGGUCACUCUUCGCAAAGUCUACAAGGAACUGUUAGAGAACUGGGAUGAUCUGCUGCCCCCUAAUUACACACCGGCUGUUCCUCCUGAGAAGGCUUUUCCAAUGACUGCCAUCAGCUCAGGUCGAUCCACUUCUAAAUCAGAUAUUGUUGAGAUACCUCACCCGAUUCCACAUCAAGAAAAAGACAAGCAACCGGAAAUGCCGAAAUCAAGUAAAGCUCUGGAUGCUAUGGAGAGUGAUCAUCAGGUGAAAGUCAAAGAGGAAAUGGAGAACCAAAGUAACCCUCAUGGACGCCUUCCUUCAUCAUCGAGGGACUUGAAUCAGGUAGCAUUCUGGCAGACACAAGCUUCAUUUACUGCACAGAAGAAUGGAGGUGAGAACAAGUCAAUGUUAUCUGAAUGUGAUCAGAAGAUUGAUAGAGAUUUGAAGACUGGUAGCAAUUCUAGAGCAACAUCCCAGAGUGCGGCUCUUUCAUCUUCAAAGAGAUUCAUCCAUCCAUGGCAAAUCAAUGUGCAGAAUGUCCCACCUGGAUCUUCUGUUCGGUUUGGGGAACAACAAGUAAGCUCUGAUUUUGUAUCUAGUGUUCCGGGAAUCAAGAGUCAGAGAGGCGGUACUGAUACUGAUCGGGCAACCGACAAACAUCAACAUUAGUCUAUUUUAUUCGAAACAAGUGGUUCAAGCAAGGAGAAGUAGACGAAAAAUGCUCAAGUUUAGAAAAGUCCCUCAUUCCUUUGUGAUUGUAACUGCUGCAUUGGUCCCGGUCCUCCAGCAAGAACAGAGAGCUUAUAUGUUGAGGAAAGUAAUAUAUAUAUAUAUAUAUAUAUUUGGCUAUUCGUCAUCUGCGGAUGUGUGUAGAGCGUCCAUAGAUGACCAAUCUGAAUAGGAGGGGUGUAAAUAAAAGUGGAUGGAUGAGAUUUAAUUUUUUUUACUAUUAUGAAGAUCGCAUGAUUGAGAUGAAAAUAUUGUUCAUUUUCAUUUUUAUUGUAUUAUUGUUUAUAAUAGUACUGUUCUUCACAUU